CAAAGAGGUUAAGUAAGAGCAUGCGCAGGAGAGUUGGCAGCAACCAGGGAGGAAAACACUGGAAAGACCAGCGACUGGAGGAAGCUCCCCCAGGACCCGCACCCCAUACACAGAAGGAGCGAGUGCGGGAGAGCUCGAGGAAUAGACAGAGCCUUUGGGAGCAGGGCACUUGGAGCAAAUCUAAGGAAGCCAUGUCUCCAAGAGAUGCCUGCCCUGCCCUGCUGCUCCUCCUGCUGACCCUGCUGUCAGCCUGGCCAACUGUGGACAGCAGGGAAACACCAAACCAGAAGUUUCAGAGGCAGCACGUUGACCCAUUUACUCGCCCUCCGUACAAUGAUGUCUAUUGCAAUCAGAGGAUGAAGGCCCAGGGAAUGACCUUGGGCAUCUGCAAGAGCAAGAACACCUUCAUCCACGCACUAUCAUCAUCAAUAAAUAGCAUCUGCACAGGGGCUGGGACCAACCCACACGGCAACUAUUACUAUAGCAACAGCAACUUCCUGAUCACUGACUGCACAUUUGUAAGCGGCUCCCCACCGAAUGGCUGUGUGUACAGGGCCAGGUCCUAUAACCAGAGGAUUUGCAUUGCUUGCACUGGAAACCUGCCUGUGCACUAUAGCCCAGUGAGAGACUGCUUGUAAUGAAUCCCACACUGCCCCGCAGCUUUUGCUCGUAGUGGGGCCCCCAUUGCCAAAGCCUCUCAGCCUGGCCCUCUCCCUGCUCCCUCCUAGACCAUGAAGCCAGAUCAUUUGGUGCCAAAUCUUAGUGUCCCAGUUCCAGCUCUUCUGCUGCCGUCAGUGCCAGCUGCACACUACACUCACCCCUUCCACCUCAUGCACCCACAGGAGGGACUGGACCCUGGUGCAGAGCAAUUGCCCUCCUGCUGCCGAGUCCUCAGUGCUGUCACUGAGCUGAAUUUCUUGCUGCUUUCUGUAAUAAACUUUGGCAACUGCAAA